AUGUCUGUAGCGGGCUUGAAGAAACAGUUUUAUAAAGCCAGCCAGAUGGUAAGUGAGAAAGUUGGAGGUGCAGAGGGAACUAAACUAGAUGAGGACUUCAAAGACUUGGAACGGAAAGUAGAUGUGACCAGUAAAGCAGUAGUGGAGGUUAUCUCCAAGACAUCAGAGUACCUACAGCCAAACCCAGCAUCACGAGCCAAGCUGUCCAUGUUGAACACCAUGUCUAAGAUCCGUGGUCAGGUGAAAAACCCAGGCUACCCCCAGGCUGAGGGCCUGCUGGGGGAGUGUAUGGCCAAGUAUGGCCGGGAACUGGGAGAAGACACUAACUUUGGUGGAGCACUAGUAGAUGCAGGAGAAACCAUGAAGAGAUUGGCAGAGGUCAAAGACUCUCUAGACAUUGAUGUGAAACAGAACUUCAUUGACCCUUUGCAGGGGCUCUGUGACAAAGACCUCAGAGAGAUACAGCAUCACUUGAAGAAGCUGGAAGGCCGUCGCCUGGACUACGACUACAAGAAGAAGCGCCAGGGCAAAAUCCCAGAUGAGGAGAUCCGACAGGCCCUGGAGAAGUUCCAUGAGUCAAAGGAAGUGGCCGAGACCAGCAUGUACAACCUGCUAGAGACUGAUAUCGAGCAGGUGAGCCAGCUCUCUUCCCUGGUGGAGUCCCAGCUGCAGUACCACAAGCAGGCCGUGCAGAUCCUGGAGGAGCUCUCAGACAAACUCAGAGAAAGGAUGAAUGAGGCCCAGUCUCGACCAAGACGUGAAUACACACCUAAACCCAAGCCUAUCUUCGAUUUUGGAGACAACGAUCAAUCAAACGGUGGCUACACAACCUCAGUUGCCCCUCCACCAUCACGCAACUCAGCCCCAGAGCAGCCAAGCUGUAAGGCGCUGUACGAUUUUGAGCCGGAGAACGAGGGAGAAUUAGGCUUCCACGAAGGCGAUAUCAUCACCCUGACCAGUCAGAUCGACGAGAACUGGUACGAGGGAAACCUGCACGGCCAAUCAGGAUUCUUCCCUCUCAACUAUGUGGAGGUCAUCGUUCCAUUACCACACUAAAGAUUGCUGCAAAGAGUGCAAAGGAGAGAGUGAGUAGGGGGAAAUAGACUGAGGAGAGGAAAUAGAAAUAUGUAGGGAGGGAGGAAAGUGAAGCCAGGGAUGGGUCAUUCAAUAUUCAUUUUCAUCUUCAACGCCAACAUCACCAUUGCAGACAAGCAUGUUUUGUCAUCUGGACUUUUUGAAGAAGGGAAAUUCAGAGGAUGGUGGCUUUUCACAUUCCAGAACAGAAAAAUUCAAGAAUCUCGAUCUGCCCCAAUUAAAGGUAAAAGGAUCUAGACUAAGACAGACACAGAAUUCAGAUACACACUAACUAAUGUGCUCCACAUUGUUAAGUAAUGUUUUCUGUUAACCAGUAGUAACUGAUACAGAAAAGAGAUGCUGAAAUAAGUAAACCUAGUUAUCAAAGAUAAAUCCGCAGUUCACAUGAAAGUCAGGUCAUUCAUCAGCUUACAGUUUUCUAGGACUAGAGAUGCCAGCUCAAACAUUGCAGUAAUUUUCAUUUUUUACUUGACUGAUUACCUUUCUCAUUUAAAAUGCAAGGCAUUAUAAAAAUGAGGUCAUGUCAUUGAUUGUACUAUUGGAUGACUGGAGCCCGUCUCUUGAUGCCACCUGCUGGCCUGACUGAGAACGACAACAAGAUGACUCAAAUUAAAUUACACAUGAGCAAAAAAUGUAGUUAAACUGGUUUCAUCUGAAAAAUACUGCAGUUAGAUUUUUUUUAAUGUGACACACGAGCCUCAGGUUUGUAAUUUAGAUAGUUUUCAUUUUUAGGUUUGUUCCAUUUCAAUGGUCUUUUAAUGAUCCUCAACAACUCCACCAUGUAGCUUUCCCUGUCCAGCAAUCAGUGCUCUUGGUAGCUUCAGGAGAAACUUCCAGGCCUCAUGUGGUGGGCUUUCUGUGUUGGUUCAGUAUUGAUUUAUGUUAGUGUCAUCUUUGUACAGUAGUUGUAAGACUGUUUUAGUUCUGCUUACCGAAUAUGUGAGAAAAUAUAGUAAGUGCACCUUGGUCCUCAAAUGAGAUUGUGUGUGUGUGUGUGUGUGUGUGCAUGUGUGUGUGUGUGUGACAGACUUAACAUUACACACAAACCCAAAGUUAAAUGCAAACAUUGCACCUUUUUUUCACUAAACGUUUUAGUUACCUGUUGGUCGUCAUAGUAAUGCUAAGUCAUUGAGUCACUUGCAGUGAUUAUCUGCUUGUCUGUUGAAUAGAAGAGAUACAGCCAAAAAGUCCUUACAGAAUGCAAUAGAAACUAUAAUAUAGCAGGCCAAUGCAGCCUAUAGCCCUAUUUUAAACUGUUAAAUAAUCUCUAGAAUAGCCAUAUAUUCUAUAAAUUUUGGGCCUGCUUGUCUUAGUGUGUAAAGCCAUUUCUGUUUUUCAGUCUUUUGAGCCCUGUCUUAAGCGCCUGUUUACUCCUCACAGAAAUGGAAAGACAACGCUGCUGGCAGCGUCUCAGUCUCUCAUGCACCACUGAGUGUCCCUUUGUUUUUAUCUGGCUCUGUGUUGGAAAAUGUGAAAAAAAUCAUCUUCACUCUGCACCUGUGACCCUGUGAUUUUGAUCAUUCACAUCAUUGUAAUUCUUCUGUCAACAGGAGGGGCUGAGGUAAACACAUGUUGUUCUUCUAAGCCCCUUUGAGUCAUAUUAACUAUCCAGACAAGUCUGGUUUCUCGUUUUGUAUUUAGCUGUAGUAUGUACCCGCAGAUGGUGUCUAAUCCAACAUACAUUGUAUGAGGGAAAGACUCAAUGUGAAAGGGAGGACGUAAAGGGAAAAGGAGCAAUACAUUGUAAGCGGCUCGCCAGUUGAAUUGAUUUGGAGAGCCGCUCCUACCAAAUACUAAUCCUUACCAAACAUUUAUCUUCAAUCCAGCUGAGUUUUGAAAUGUCUCUAAAGUAAUUUCAUGGAGGUUUUGUGAAUGAAAAGGGGGUGCUCUUUCACAUUUUCAGUGUGCGAUAUCUCUGCACUUGUUUUGCUACUGUAGUUCCUGGCUACAUUUAAUAGUCCCAGUCUUCCCCCUCCGUUAUUUCUGUCUGUCCAUCACUCCAGUCUGCCAGACCGCCUCCCCCAUGCCUGGGUUUAGUCCCACUGAUAUGUUUACAUGUCUGAUCGUAGUGCAUUUCAAUGGUCGUAUAAAGUGCAGGGGUAAGUUGAAAGCCGAUAUUUGGUGCUGACUGGAUCACACUAUCAAAAAAAUGUCAUUGGUAGCUUUGUUUUAGUGCCUUUAGCAAAGGAAGGAGGAAAAUGAACUAAUACAACAACCAAAAUAACCUAGCUACUUAACAAAUGGUCAUGAAUUUCUUUACUUUUGGUUUAAUUUCUAGCCACUGGCACUUUCGUGUGUACAGACAUAGAUGCAUGAGUACUUUGAGUGUUUGUGACACUACAGGCAGUUUCCUGGACAUGGGAUGAGUAGCCUCGGCUGUUUAUCACCAAACACCACCAGUGAAAAUUGCAUUUGCAACAAGGCUAAACCCAUGUUCAGAAAAAUGACCCACUGAUUUUUUUUAAAGGGUUAUGUAUCUGUUUUAAUCUCUCUUAAGUGCUCUUUUAAAAAUUGUUAAAUCAUUCUGGCUCUAUUUAGUAUUAUUUUUUAUAUACAAGACCUUACAAACUUUUUAAAUUAAUCUUUGCAUGUAGUCCUAUAUCAUACUUUGUAAAUGUACAUCGUAGUUUAAGUUGCCUUUUUACCUUUUGGUAUGUCAUGAGUACAAAAUUUAACCGCAAUAUUGUCAUUUAUUAUCAAAAUAUUUGUACUUGCUUCUUUCUUGUUCCCCAUCUUCCCCCUUCUUACAAUAAAUAAACAGAAAAAUAGUACUUUCUCA